GUGUGCCGUGAGUAGUAGACUGACUACUUGCACUACUGGUUGCUUUCCCUAGCUUUUUCUGAAUAGAAAUGCCAUCUUUCCCCAUUUUAAACAGCGUUAGGAAGCUGUGUGGAUCAAGUAAAACUGAAGAAUUGGUGCUGGAAAAGGUGAAAUUCAGAAAUUCAGUCAAAAGGAUGUCAGUUAUUGAGGAUGGGGAUAUUGCAGAGGUCUUGUAUCUCAUUCCUAAGCAGAGUUUACUGAAGCAACUGCCCUGCUUGAAUCCAGAUGACUACUACUUAUGUGAGCAGUUAAUUGACACUCCUGAGGAUCUGGUGGCCCAUCCUCAGGAGCCCCACCACCCCUCUGAAAAGCCGGUCAUCCACUGCCAUAAAUGUGGUGAGCCAUGUAAAGGUGAAGUACUCCGUGUUCAGGCCAGACACUUUCACAUCAAAUGCUUCACCUGCAAAGUGUGUGGCUGUGACUUGGCACAAGGAGGCUUUUUCAUUAAGAAUGGGGAAUAUCUUUGCACCUUGGAUUACCAGCGCAUGUAUGGUACCCGCUGCAAUGGUUGUGGGGAGUUCGUGGAAGGAGAAGUAGUGACAGCUCUGGGAAAAACUUACCAUCCAAGCUGCUUUGCCUGUACUGUUUGCAAGCGUCCAUUUCCACCGGGCGAUCGGGUUACCUUUAAUGGAAGGGACUGUCUCUGUCAGAUGUGUGCUCAGCCAAUGUCCUCCAGUCCAAAAGAACUGUCUGCCUCGAGCAAUUGUGCUGGCUGUGGAAGAGACAUAAAAAAUGGACAAGCAUUGCUAGCUCUGGAUAAGCAGUGGCACCUGGGAUGCUUUAAGUGCAAGGCCUGUGGGAAGGUCCUAACCGGGGAAUACAUCAGCAAAGAUGGUGCUCCUUAUUGUGAAAAGGACUAUCAAGUUCUUUUUGGAGUCAAAUGUGAAGCAUGUCACCAGUUCAUUACUGGGAAAGUCCUAGAGGCCGGUGACAAGCAUUAUCACCCAAGCUGUGCACGAUGCAGCAGGUGCAACCAAAUGUUCACAGAAGGAGAAGAAAUGUAUCUGCAAGGUUCCACUGUCUGGCAUCCCGACUGUAAGCAAUCCACUAAGACUGAAGAUAAGCUACGGCCUACGAGAACAUCAUCGGAAAGCAUUUAUUCCAGACCAGGUUCCAGUAUACCUGGCUCUCCAGGCCACACUAUCUAUGCAAAAGUAGACAAUGAAAUCCUUGAUUACAAGGAUUUAGCAGCCAUUCCCAAAGUCAAGGCCAUUUAUGACAUUGAACGUCCAGACCUAAUUACUUAUGAGCCAUUCUACACUUCCGCCUACGAGGACAGACAGGAGAGACAGAGUCUUGGAGAGUCUCCAAGGACAUUAUCACCUACCCCUUCUGCAGAAGGUUAUCAAGAUGUUCGGGAUCGCAUGAUUCACAGGUCUACUAGUCAGGGCUCCAUUAAUUCUCCAGUGUACAGUCGUCAUAGCUACACACCGACCAUGUCACGUUCCCCUCAGCAUUUCCACAGACCUGGCAAUGAGCCGUCCAGCGGUCGGAACUCCCCUGUCCCCUAUCGGCCCGACAGCCGCCCUCUCACUCCAACUUACGCUCAGGCCCCUAAACAUUUCCAUGUUCCAGAUCAAGGCGUCAACAUUUACAGAAAACCGCCCAUCUACAAACAACAUGAUGCAGCUGCUUUGGCAGCACAGAGCAAGUCCUCCGAGGAUAUCAUCAAGUCCUCCAAGUUCCCAGCAGCUCACGCACCAGCACCCAACGAGAUACCAAAGAUUGAGACAGACCACUGGCCAGGUCCUCCCUCCCUUGCGGCCAUAGGAGCUGACAUGAGACGCAGAUCAAGUGGAAGAGAGGAAGAUGAUGAGGAGCUGCAGAGACGCCGACAGCUGCAGGAGGAGCAGCUUAUGAAGCUCAACUCUGGUCUGGGACAAUUGAUAUUGAAAGAAGAGAUGGAAAAGGAGAGUCGUGAUAGGUCAGCCCUUUCUGCCAGUCGUUACGAUUCUCCAGCACAUGCUUCAGCCUCCAAAACUUCUUCUCUCCCUGGCUAUGGAAAAAAUGGACUUCACAGGCCGGUGUCUACAGAUUUUGGUCAGUACAGCAGUUACGGGGAUGUGAGUGGUGGUGUUAGAGAUUUCCAGUCCCUUCCGGAUGGUCAUGUCCCUGGAAUGAGAAUGGACAGAGGAGUAUCUAUGCCUAACAUGUUGGAGCCAAAGAUUUUUCCAUAUGAAAUGCUCAUGGUGACCAACAGAGGGCGAAAUAAAAUACUAAAAGAUGUAGACAGAACCAGGCUUGAGCGUCACUUAGCACCUGAAGUUUUUCAAGAAAUAUUUGGCAUGACGAUACAGGAGUUUGACAAGUUACCUCUCUGGAGACGCAACGACAUGAAGAAAAAAGCAAGACUCUUUUAAUCUCCUUUAAACAAACCAACAAAAAAUGAUGCAUAGUGUCAUACAGUCCAAACUAUUUGAAAGCAACUACUUAUCCACCAAAAAGGGAAAAUCACAUAGUGGCACCUCUGUAUGCAGCAACUGAACAAGAUGAACAUUUGCCUGCCUGAAACACAGGGAGAAAAUAUCUGGGCUCAGAAAUAACACUGAUAGGUUUCAGAGGUGUCACCCUGUUACAUAAAAUUAUACAAGAUAGGGAACUGCUCUGUUCUUCUCCCUCAAUGAUACUCCCUUUACUUCUCUCCACAAUAUGAUGGACUUUAUUGCUAGAGCCAGGAAGUGCCCUUAGGAUGCCUUGUAGACUAAAGUAGUUGUAACCACUUCAAGAACUGGAAAAGAAUAUAUAUAUAUAUAUAUAAAAUAUAUAUAUAUAUAUGUAUGUGUGUUUGCGUGUGUGCGCACAUGUAUUUAUAUCUAUCCAUCUAUCUCUGUGUGUGUAUGUAUGUGUAUAUAUGUGUAUAUAUGUGGAGAGAAAGGUAGAUGCUCUGUAGUGAAGGAGAAGCCCUCUGUAAGUUAUCUACGUGGUCACAUUAAGUCUUUCACACAACUGUUUCUUAAUUGGCACCCUUUUGAAACGUCAUCUUCUUGGUGUGGUACAGUCUGCAAAGGUGGGCAGUCUGCUCACUCACAGUACAUACCAGUUGAAUUUGUGGGAAAUGGACUCCUUGUACUUGUACAUAUUUGCUAGGAUAUAGGAAGUGGAUUGCUGUGUCUGUUGUCAGUCUUCCCUCUUCUACACUUUCUGCUUGAAUGAAUAAGGCUGGAGCUUAACCAGUCCUUUGAAUAAUUUAGGAUCACUUAAGUAAUGGGAAUGAUGGAGAAGAGUCAGUUUUCUUGUCAUUUAGUCCGGGAGAUGGGUGGAUGGGGGUGGGAGUGACAGAGUGAGAAAAUGCUUCUCUAAGUGUGCCCUGGUUUGCACCCAGAGAUUUCAGGACAGACUCCCUGCUAGUAAUUACUAGUACAGCUCAUCAGAUUGCAGUGGAGUUGUAGGAUUUUACAUCAGCAGGGAAUAUGGUUCUCUGCAAGCUAACACAUAGAUUCAUCCCUCUUGGGGAGGAAUGUUUAUGAAUUAAAAGGUACCAUCAAGGUGCCAUGCUCUGCCAAUAGAGGCUUUUUGAUUAAAUUGCGGUUGCUGUUGUCAGUAUGGCACAGUGCAUGGGGCCAAGCACUCUUUUUAGUUAAUGUAGUUUUUCACUUGUGCUUGGAAAAGAGGGCACAGACUUUUUCUUUUUUCCUCUUUUGAAGUGUCAAAGCUCCAGCCUUGGUUAUUUUUAUUUCCCUUUGUGCCUGACUUGGUUUUUGAAGACAGAGUAAUCAUGCAAGACAGUUCCUGAGCUGCAUUAAACUCCUUUACUGCUUUCAGUCUUCUUCCAAUAUGCUGCAGCUUAAAAAACUGCCUGUAUGUACCUUAACUGCUUCUGAGCAAGUCCUAUACAGAGGAGGACAUGAGCACCAAAGUAAUUGAAUGAAUGCAUCGUGGCUGCAAGGUCAGCUUUUUCUCUUCCUUGGUGCUUAACCGCCAAUGCAUACUGCACUAAUGAGCCCAUCUCCUGAUACGGGAGAGGGUUACAUAGGUUCUGUGUCUGUUAAAGAAUAUCAAGGUUUCGGUUUUAAUGCAGAAACUUUUGGCACUGGAGACAUCAGAGCCUUUGUAUUUUCUGUUAUAUGAGACAUUGGUAUUAAAAUCUGGAAGUCAGGAAGGGGAAACAGUCCCAUGUAGUUGUGAGAUUCAUUAUCACCGUGUUGAGUUCUGCCUAUCACCAAAUGGCAUUUCACCAUGACCUGUGCAGGACAGCCCGAAUCCUGCUUCUUCUUUGCUGGUUUAGGAAAUCCUGUUGCAACAGAUCACUGUGGUUCCUUUGAUAAAAUCUGAGUUGAAGAUUCAGUAUGUGAGAGACAGAUACAAGGGGUCAGCACCUGCUCCGUGUCCCUAGAGCUAAAGUCUGGGGGACAAGCUGGAGAAUAUGCUGCCGUGUAGAUCUGGCAUCACAGUCCCCACUGGAAAGAAGUCCUCAGUGAACACUGUGACAUGUGCAAUUGUGAGCAAGCUCUCCUGGAUAUUACUGAGAGUGCAGCAUGGAUCAGUUCAACAUGUUUUACUUCAUUUUUUUAGAACAAGCAUCUGAAAGGGGUUUGAGGAAUGCUGAGAAGGAAAUGGGAAUGUUAGGGGCACUGACAGUUUGAGAUGUGUUUUUGAGUGACUGCUGAAACCAAAUCCAUACGACAAAAGAAUAGCAGUGUUUUACAGUCACAGGCUUUGUGAAGGCUGGAGUCUCAGAAACUUAGUGUUUGUCACCUGCAAGGUGUGGCUUAACUUUGAGAUGGACAUUUGAGGUUUAAUGCAUUUGAAGUAUUAAAAUUCUCUAAAUUUUGCCAGCCCACAUCCUACAGACAAUACUGUGCUGCUGCCUUCCCAACACAGUAGGCAUUGCAGGUCUUUUAGCCCAAGUCACCUUGAUAAUAAACCUUUUUGAUCUGAAGACCUGCUGUCUCAAGGAUAUGAGCUGCCAGUCUGCAUUUCUCUGUCCCCAUCUCUAGAUUACUAUUGAACUUCUCACACAAUAUAUGAAUACUUUAUCCAGUCAUUUCAGAAACGACUAAGCCAGGUUGUUUUGCCUCCUCUCACAAAAAAAAAAAAAAAAAAAAAGUUUGUUUUUUUCUUUUUAAAAAAGAGCCCAGCCUCCUAGCCUGUGAAGAAUGACAGGGUAAUUUGUAUCUGCCUCAUCAGCUGAGAAUUUUAAAGUGCAAUUGCAGCUUGGGAAGGAAUGAAGAGGAGCCAGCUUAGAUGCUGCUGAAACAAUAAAUCUCUAACUGGAUUUUUGGGCCACUGCUGGCUCAUAUCUCACUGCUGUGGAGUAUAGUCGCUCAGCUCACAGCCCUCUUCACUAGACUAAUUACUGCUUUAUUUCUGAUUGAGAACGUGAAGGGUUUUCUGAGCUGCAACUUCAUGCCUGUAGUUAAUUCCCCUUAACUAUCGCAGCUAUUUACAUAUAGACAGACCCCAAGAUAUUGCAACCACGCUGUAGCCAGCCACAGGGAGCGGAGGGGGUGGGGGUGUUUUCUGUAGUGGGCUGUUAGUUGUCACUGCAACAUUUCUGUUUUUUCAUCUGGUCUUCCCACCUAAUAAAAACCGAAAUGUACCUCCUGGGAGAAUUUUCUUUGUAAGCAAUGAAUCAUUUUCCUAGUAUCAAUUGAGUAGCGUUUUCUUGGGCACUUCUUUUUAAUUUCCCUCUUCGGUAUUCCCUUGAGACAUGUCAGGAGUUGUUAAAGGUCCCUUCCAACCCAAACCAUUCUGUGAUUCUAUUAAUAUGCUUUAAGUGCAUGCUUGCAUUCUUCUGUCUCCUGCAAAGCAUUUGAGCUUCUGAUAAAGUCCCAUCAAACUCGGUACUGUCAACAGAAUGUCAUUGACAAAAGCACUGAAAACUGAUUGCUUUUGUUUUAUCUCCCCCUUUCUGCUUUAGGAGUGAUGUAAGAGCAAGGACCUGUCGAAACAUUACAGAGUAACCACACGUAAUGUGCGAAAUGGCAUUAUGUACACAUGCAGGUUCUCAAACACAGGUGCACAUGUAGCAUGCAUACUCCCCAUUUGGAGUUGAGGUACUAUGUGAGUAGUUAACAUGGAAUUUCCAAAUAGUGCGUAGUGGUGAAUACAUAGUGGUCAUUAAGUUACGAAGUUUGUCACUUCCAUACAUGCUUGUAUCUGCAGGGCUCGUGGAUACCUGUGGUGUACUGAGUGUGCAAAAGGUGAAAGGGUCAGUCUCUCAAAUCAGGGAAGUGCCAGGCUGGCCACAAGUGAUACCAUAGAAAAGGCCUCCCUGGGUAUAUGUGAAGGUUUCCAGCACCCAGCCCUGGCAGUGCUUAGGUGGAAGGGGUAAUACCCUGUGCAGUAGUCUUCAUAGUAACGCGGAAUCCAGAGAUCUGAUUACUGGGUUUGGUGACCUCUGCAGAUACUGGUCUGAUAACUUCCAUAUGAACAAGUAGAGAACUGUUUCCGUGUUACAGUGGGAACAGCUGGCCAUGUCCUCUAUACAUGUGCCUUAACAGCAUAAGGUUCAGCCUACUGUGAGUCAGAAGUUGAAACAGAUAUGUUGAAAUAAGUAUGUUGUUCAUAGUCUCUGAUGGUAGUAGAAUUAAGCCAACUUGAAGAGCAGAUCUGGAAAUUACUAAACUGUCCACUAUUUCUCAAUGAAGCGAUGUGAUCUACUGUGGCCUCAGUUCAGGAAGCUGAACGUAGGUAGCAUCUCAACUCUGCCAGUGUCCUAUCCAAAACCUGCUAAACUUUCUGUACAACUGCAAGUCAGUUCUUGUGAAGUUUGCUCGCAGAAUUUCUUCCUUUUUUUUUUUUUCUUUUUUCUUUCUUUUUUUUUUUUUCUUAAUUACACCAAUGUCAUGCUGGUUUCAUUUCAGACAUUUUAGAGGCAUCUCAGAGAUAUAUUUGUUUUCAUUUUGGUUAGUAGCCUUUCAUGAAAUAUGGUUUGUGAUGCUUUGUGGACGUAGCUGCACUGUGCUGCAAGAGGUUAGACUAGGGGAACAGGAAGUUUCUUAAUAGCUGCAUGUGGGAAAAGAUAGCUCUGUGGCUCUAGCAGUGCUUUUACUUCUGUCAAGACAGAUGUCAUCUCUCCUUGCAAAGUCCAAUAGCCCUAAGUCUGUGGGCCCAGCACUGAAGUGCUUGCUGCCCUUUCCCUGUUGCAAUUUGGAAGUCCUUUCUCAGCCCUGUAGUUCAGAUGUCUUGUUGUUCAGGGGAGGUCAUUAGGAGUCACUUUUGUAAAAGUUUGUUAUGCUGAAAUCAGAUACAUUUUGAAUUUGAUACAUUUGAAGUGAAAUCCCUUUCCACCAGCCAUGUUUUUCCUGGUCGGGUAAAUCGAUGGAUGGAGAAGGAUUACGUUCUGGGAAGAAGGAGAGCUGGCAUAAGCUUGAUUUCUCCAGGGUUUGCCAGUGUGGUGUUUAGCAGACCUAGAAGAAAACACGGGCAUGAGCCUGUAGUACCUAUUUCAAAUUGGGUGGGAGAGUCAAGUUUGGAGUCCAGAGUCCAUAGCUUACAAGCAUCUACACUGAAAUUAAUGCUAUAAAGUGUUAAAACAAGUGACAGAAAAAUUAACCAAUUUUUUUUUACCAAAUGGUAAAAAUAUGAACAUGCUCUAAACUCAUCUUGAAAUGACUUACCUUGGCUCAUGCUGACUUAGGAGGAGAUCUUGGCAUAUUUGGGCCAUAGCCUCGUAGAGCAGGCUAAAUGGAAACCAGCCUUUCCCCCACUCCAUGAUUCACUGCUUUCCUUCGGAAGGCAUUUGUGGAGGAGGAUGUCCACAUCCUGGAAGUCACCUAUGGCGGUGUGAUAUACCAGUCAGUGUGGAAACAAGUGCAGGAAACAAGAAUAUCAACUCAUCUGUCCUAGUGUGAAAUGCCACUCAUCUUUCCAUGCCAGAGACACGCUUAGGGCUGGACCCCACAGCUCCCUUCCCCAUUCAAUUAGCCCCAGGUCAUGGCCCAGUUCAUGCCCCACCAAACUUUUUGGCCCUGUCAAGACACCUGCUGGACUCCAGCAUAGUCUUCAGGGCAGACCAGCAAGGGCUGGUCUUGACAGUAUGUGUUAUGGUUUUACCCCAUUGCUAUGUAAUGAAGAGUUAGCGCGAGCUACUGAGCACUGUGAUAGCAGUACAACGCGCCUUUCUCUUGGUGUAGAAACACCCCUGUCGCUGCGGGUUGCAGUGCUGCUCUGGCUGGUGAGUUUUGCCUUGUGAUUUCUCCCACACACCUUUAUGUGCUUAAUAAAAUAAGAAAAAAAAAUCUAUCGCAAUGCAAAGAUACAGAGUUUUUAAUCAGACAAUUCUGCUGGCAGGAGCUAUGCGACGCCCGCAUUUUGGCAGGGAAAGAAUAAGAAGUAUUAAUUUUAAUGUAAGCAUCAGUGCAGGAAGUGAGAAGGUAAUUGGCCAUUAAUGUUGUUUGCCUGUAUGCAAAAUAAAUUAUUUGUUGCCCAAAGGGCUUGUAACAAGGAAAUAGAUUUCUGCUAAUGAUUUGCUAAAAAAUGCUUGUCUGUGUGAAGAGGUAAUACUUCCACAUGCAUUGCAGUCUGUCUUUGGAGGCAAGAAGAGAUGACGGAAGGCAAACAGUGACCUGUUUUGUCAGGAUCACCGCAGUUAAUACAAGUGUUUCUCCCAGGACUUGCAAAGCUGAGGUCCACAGGACCUUGCUCCGAGGCAUUAGGAGAUGAGGCAUUUCAAGCAGCAGAAGCAGCGAUGGGAAUUCCAGCGGUGCCUUACCAGGCCGAGUCUCUAGCUCCCUUAGGCGCUUUGACAGGUCCCACUGGACACUUGCCUGGGCUUUUAUGGCUAAACACUUUCAGAAUGCACUUCCCCCCCCACACCCCCAGAUGCAAAACCACUGAUAUCAGCGGAGCCUCUCACAUCCGCACGCUUUGGAGCACGCUUUUUCUCGGCUGGCUAAACCAGGAGAGUCUCUGACCGCUGUGCACGCCCGCAGCAACAAGCUCUUUAUGUCAUUACCAGAUCAGUCCUAUCCAAGCAGUGCAGCUUGGUCAUUGCUGACAACUCUUCCUGUAAGGGGGCCUUACAGCUGGGGGCUUUUUUUUAAGCUUUGGAAACUGAUACUAAUUUUUCAAAGGUAUAUGUUCCUUUAAAUCAGUAGAUUUUGGCAAUAGGGUUUUUUUAUUAUUUUAUUUUCCUCUUCUCCCUCCACAUGUUACAAACCAGCGUUUCGGGGAGGUGUCCCUGUUUUUCCAUUCAUCUGUGAGACAGCUCUCUUUCUGAGUCUCUGUAAAAGUGAAUCAAUGUCUUGUCCAUACAGUAAGUCUGCUUGUAUGCAUAAUGAAAAGUUGAGCUGGAUUGCUGUUCUGUACAAUUAGUGUUUCCACUGUCAUACCGCAAACAGCACAUAUUGCACCCCUGUGCCACUGUAAUCUGCAUCACUGUUGUACUCAAGUCAACGAAUAAAGUUUGGAGCUUUAUUCUUAA